UUACUGUUUCUUCUACUUUGCAGUCUUCACAUAGUCCAUUUGGAUGCUUCCCUAAUGAGCUAUGAGGUAAAUGGUCUUUUCUGGUGUCAGAUGAAUAAAAUGUUACUGUUGCAACGCAUUCAUCCACCAGCAGAGAGCGUGUCCUGCUGCUAAGAAAUCAACUCUCUUUGACCAAAUAGCUAUCACAUGAAAUCAUCACAGCACAAACAGCUAACAAGAGUUACCAAAAUAUAUCACAAUGGGUGAGGGUGAGCCUGUGACAGACAACCUGAAACAACAUGGAAACACCUCGCUCGAGGCUUGACGGUGGAGGCUUGUAUUGUUUAUGAUGGAACAUUUUCAAUAAACUGCAUACAUAUUUUGAAACAUGGUUUAAGGACUCAAAGUGCAUUUACAGCUGAUGCAAUCCAUUAAAAACCUGUUUCCCUUUAAUGAGAGAUCUUGACAUGACAGGUUCUCUCGUGGGUGGAUAAGUGUUUAUCCAAUUAUUUUUUUUAUUUAUAGGCUAUAUCUCUUCUUACAAUACGUCUUGUUCAAAACAAGUUUUACUAAAAAAAAAAAAAUGUGCCUUACAAAGAGGAAAAUCUCCCAAUGUUUUCAGGUUCUGAGGCACCUUUUGAAUGGACGUCAAGCGUAUAAUUCAGAGGUAGAGCCAUUAAGUCCAGUUAUUCAAGAUUCUGGUAAUAUUAACCGAUAAAUAUCCAGAUUCUAAUAAUAAAAACAGGAAGUGAGCCAGUAUAUUUUCUAUAUUUGGUCUGUCAUCAUCAUUAUGGCAUGAAGGGGAAAUUUUCAGGUUAUUAACAGCACCAACUGCUGGCCAAGAAAUGUUAUAACAACAUAAACAGCUGUUUCUCAAGACGGCUGUAUCAGUCCUGUCGAAAGUGAAAGUUUAGAGGUUCAGUAUUUAGGCUCGUGUGAGCAGCAGAGAGAGUCAGAGAGGAAUGAACUCAGACUGUGAAGACACACAGAGCACAGAAUCACAAUCAUGAAUGCUGUAAAUGCUCUGCAGCUGUUCAUUCUGGUUUGGACCUUUACUGCUGUCUGUCAAGCUGAUAAAGAUAUCAUUGUAAGCUGUGAUGAUGUGACUGGUUCUGUGGGGAGAGAAGUAAAUCUCACCUGCAGCGUCUCUCUGCAGAACAUUGAAUGCUGCAUUGUGAGGUAUUUGUUUAAAUACCCUGAGAUCUUUAAUGACUCUGCAAUCUGUCGUCAAGAUGUUCCUGUGAACCCCUGUGAACAGAGAAACAGUUUCACAUGCCGCUACACUCCAACUACAGUGAUGAGAGAACAAUUCAGAUUCUUUGUGCAAUCAAACUGUGGAGUGGAAAAAGCAGAAAUCUACACUGUUGUCGCAGUUUCCUCAAGACAUGUGAACACAGAAAACCCAUCAGGAUCCUCUCCACCAGAGACAGCAGCAGGAUUCAAGGAGACUGUCUUCACUGUGGUUGUGGUUGGUAUCAUCAUCAUCAUCCUCAUCAUCAUGACGGCGAUCAUUUGCAAAACAAAACCAAACUUCACCAAACUUUGUAGAGGCCAGAACUGGAUGUUUUUGAGAGUCAGACAUGAUGAGGACAACAAUCGUCCAGGAAAUGAGAUAUUAUAGCAUUGAGUUUUGUUCAUUGUGAGUUUUCAUGUGUUGCUCAUAAAACACACAAGCAUUAUUUAAACUCCACUAAACUACAUGCUCUACUAUCUUAUAUCUCAAACUACUGAAUAUAUAACUCUGGCUGUAGGUUUUAAAACUGAUGAUUCCAUUUUAUAUUGAUUUCUGUGAAAUAACAGCAUAUUAUUGAUCUGUUUGAUCAGAGUAUAUGACUUUAAUAAACUCAAACCUUUGUAAACUUUAA